UGGAGUGACGGUCAUACUCAUCCGCUAGCCACCAUUUGUUUACCUAUUUUCAUUUGUUUUUAUUUUGAAAAUAUUGAAAUGUCGGAGUUCGACACGCGACUUAUAGAAUUGGUGAGAGCCAAUCCCAAGCUUUAUGAGCGGGAACUAAGGAGCACGCCCUAUGAAGCUCAUAAAAAAAGGAACUCGGAAAUCUGGCGAAGCAUCUCAACUUCCCUAAAUACAGAAGUUAGCUCCUGUGUCAGUCGGUGGAAUCAUCUGGUGGCCAAGCAGCGUCGAGAGUUGGCUAAAGAAAAAUCCGGAGGCACUGGCUCCGAUUGGAGUCUUCUUCCCCAUUUGCAUUUUCUGCAGCAUCAUCACCAACCAAUUAAUCACAGAAAUCCGGGGGAAGUGAGAAGGAAUUCCCUGAAAUCCAUAGAGGAAGUCAACGAUGAAGAGGAUCCGCUGCAGGAGGCCAUGGAUGAGCAGUUGGCCGUGGCGGCCACAGCAGCACCUCCAACAAUUCCAGCUCCUGCCCAGGCCGCAGCUCCAGUUAGAGCAGAGAAAAGGAUAGAGGCCCUGCUUGAAGGAUUGGGAGAAGCAAACCGGAUAAAGGCCGAGAAAAGAAUUCUGGCCUACCUUUGUAAAUGCAAUCUGCGCGCCCUCAAUGAUGAGCAAAUCGACGAUAUAGUUAUAUAGAGAAAUCGGAUUAGGAGGAUAUUAUUAAGUCACAAACAUCAAUGAUCAUAUUUCUGAUUAGUAAUCAAGAACUCUUUCUAAUUUGUGCAUGUGAGUCCAAACUAGUUUAAAUAAUUUACCCAUCGAAUUCAUCUCAGUGAUAUUUUUCUAUUCUUGGGAAUUCACUCAAAAAAUAAGUUUAAGUUUGUCAUUAAAUAUAAAAACUGAAUUGAUAGGAUAAUUUUAUUAAUAGAAUCCAUUAUUGUCUUUAUCUAUUCCCCUUAAUCUUAAGACAAUAAUUAACACUUCACAAUGUAUCAUACCUCCAAAAGACAAAACAUCAAAAAUUCAAAUCCAGGCGAUGCAAAUACUUAUCUCGAAAGAUAAAUUAUAAACAAGAAUUCCGGGGAUAAUAUACAUAGUAAUGCAAGCUA